AUGCGCAAUCGCGCUGAGUCCUCAACCUCCACCACGUUCAAGUUGCUCGACGGCGCUGAGAUCCCUUGCACCGGCAGCGGCGGGGCGAAAAAGGACCCCGUGGGGUACCGAAAACUUGUUAUCUCGGCGGGGCUGAGGCACAUCGAUACCGCUCAGGGCUAUGACAAUGAGAAGGAGACAGGAAAGUUCGUCGCGCAAGUUGCGUCCUCGGUGUCUAGGGAGAAGAUCUGGAUCACUUCCAAACUUUCCGACAUUCUCCAGCGUGUUGCGGAGACCACCGAACGCUUGGGAACAGUGCCGGUCCUCUUCCUGAUCCACAAUCCUUUCGUUCCUCCGAAAGGCGACUUGUUGGCGGCAUGGAAGGAGUUGGAAGCUCUAAAGGACGAGGGCAAGCUGAAGUCCAUCGGCGUUAGCAACUUCCGACCUCAGGACCUCGAGCUCGUCCUUGCUAACAGCAAGUAUAAGCCGGUCGUGAACCAGAUUGAAUACCAUCCCUACCUCCUUAUCCACCUUAAACCCGUGCUAGCCAUACAGAAGAAACACGGCAUCGUCGUUGAAGCUUACGGGCCUCUCGUUCCCUUGAUCAAGCAUCCGACGGAGGACCGAUUAAACCUCCUCUGGAGCGGGUUGCUGCUAGAUUGUCGAAAGAGAGCGGUAACCUUCUGUUCAACGAUCUUGAGUGAUGAUGAACCCGCUGAUCGAUCGAAUGUAUCAGGUGAGGCUAUAGACGCCGCUACUGUCUUGUUACUUUGGACGAAGGCAACGGGUGCCGUCGCCGUCUCCACAAGCGGCAACUCUGACAAUAUUAAACGGCUUGCCGCUACCUUCUCCUCAACACUGCAGCUCACUCCAGAGGAAGUCAAGGAGAUAUCCGACGUCGGUCGCAAAGUAUAUUUCAGAGGCUAUACCGAGCACAUGGAGGUCGAUUUCCCUGUGCCUGAUCUACCCUUCCAGUGACGCGAAUGAAGGCCGAAGGAGCCCAGAAGUAAACUUAACAAGGAUGUAUAGCGAGCGCGGAGCGCGAAAUCCUCAUAACUCAUUACCUUGAGGACCACCAUCAAAUUCAUGAACUUCGAAGAUGAGCUCUCUCAUUAACGAACGCGGCAUCCAUCAUUGGUAGAGCUUGCAGAGGCUUGCAGCCGGAUGUAUGAUACACCUACAAAUCGGGGUUGGAUCUCAUUGAGGAUAUCAGGCCGGUCGCGCUUUGGAACCUGUAAUCACUUCCGUUAUCGGGACUGACAUAUGCGACAUUGGCCUGGGUCCGAUGUCUUGGAACCCUUCAAGAAAUGGCUGCGAACUUGAGCAACGAAACGAACUUCCUGAGACUUCUGUAUCAAAGCUCCAGGAUUGCGCCAGGAUCAAGCGUUCGCCGGAGGCCGUAGAGAGAAGCUCGCGGCCCCGCUCACAAGCUAGGUAAGUGUAAUCAAACACUGUGGGUCUCCCGUAACCAGAUCAUUCUGCGCCAACUGUCCUGCGUGCAUCGCCCUUCACGGAUGGAGGGCUUAUCGUCCUAGCCUUUUCUUCUCAUCAGCUCCCAUCGACGCGCCUUGCACCUCCGCGCGCCUGGUAUGCUCGAUGACUUCGGGCGAUGAUGCUGCUCUGGUGUCAGCGACACGAGACACGCUCAUCAGCAACUACGCGACUGUGGCCUUCGUUUCCAUACUGGUCUACGACUACUGCC